AAAACAAUAAAGUUGGAAAAAAACGAAAAAGAAACUUAAGUGAUGAUGAAUCAGCCAUCCAAUCAUUAAAUAAAGAUUUAACUCAAAAAUCUUCAAAUAAAAAAUCAAUCAAAAAUUCUUUCUUUAAAGAACCGGUAAAAAUAUCAUUAAAUAAAGAAUCAGUCAUAAAAUCAACUAGACAAUUGUCAAAUGAAGAACCAAUCAAAUCAUCAUUAAAUUAUACAAAAGAUUGUUUUAAAAAAAUCAAAAAUGAACAGUUGCAUACAAAUUUGUUUGAUUUUGAGGAUAGUGAUCCAAAUGAAUGUCCAUCACAAGAACCAUGGUGGAUUAAAAAAAAUAAAAAUCCUCGUGUAAAAAAGCAAUACAGGUUAAAACAAAAAGCUGAAGUACAGUUAAGUAGUUCUUCAUCAAGCACAUCAGACAGUACAUCAAAUAUAAUUGAGAAUGUUCGUGUAAAAAACCAAACCAAAGCUGAACUAAGUAGUCCUUUGUCGGGUAUGUCAGAGAGUACACCAGAAAAUGUCUGUGUUAAAAAAUGCAAAAUCAAACGUAAAGCUGAAUUACAAGUAAGCAGUUCUUGUACACAAGGUGUUAUGCCAGAAACAGUUAAUAAAAAAGCCAAAACUUGUAAAAACAUUAGCAUUAGUAAAGCACAAGACAAAAAAAGUAAACUGAAAACUAAAAAAACUGGAUCAAAAACAAAUCCAAAAAACAAUAAAAAUAUUAAGAAUGUCAAAAUCCAAUGUCCUAAAGUAACUAACAUGUGUGAAAUUUCAGAUUUUUCAGAAAGUCAGGAUUCAAUAAAGAUAUUACAAGAUUAUGAUAACUUUUCACCUGUUAAAGAUUCAUCGGAACCAAAAGAAUCUACAAUUCAGAAUAUCCCUAAACCAAUUAUACCUGAUAAUAGUAAAAACACUUUUUUUGAUAAGAAAGAAAUAUUUUUAACUGAAAAUCAGUGUCUUGUUUCAGAUAAAUCUCCAUUACUAAAUUCAGAGUAUAAAUUUACAGAUGAGACACCUAUUGGUGUUCCAGUUGAAUCUAGAAAAAAAUGGUUAAAAGAUCUCAAUAUUGUGUUUAAUAAAAUUGAAGCAGUGGCAAACCAAUAUCCGACAAAAAAAAAGCUUUGGAAAAGUCCUGUUGUGGCUACACCAACAUCCUUUGUAAGUGUUAAUGAGGAACAAAAUAAAAAUGAAGAACAGAAAAAACAAUAUAAAGAAAAAUCAAAGUUUAUAAAACGAAAAUCACCUGUGAAAAAUGUAAAACUUUCUUCUCUUCAUGUUACUCCUUUAAGAUUUGAUUCAAACGAAGAUAGUGAAAUUGAGAGUCAGGAUACAGUCAAUAAUUUUGCAGUUUUUUGUAAGAGCAUUUUAGAAAAGUCUAACAGUAAAAUUCAAUCUGCAAAUGAGCAAAAUCAAUCAUCAUUGGUUUUAAAUAAAAUAAAAGAGAAAAAAGCUGAAGAAUAUGUUAAAAGCUGCUCUCCAUAUAAAGUAGCUUCUACUUUUCAAGAAAAGGAAAGAAAUUUUUUUAAGAAGAAUAUCAAUACUUUUUAUGUUUCUCCUUCGGACAGCUCAGAUUGCAUAAGCCCACCAGAUGUUUACACUCCAGAUUCCAAAAGACCUUUUAUGCUUUGUAAAAGUGUUGCUUAUAAUGACAGUAAUAUCACUUCAAGAGAUACAUUAAAGGAAAACAAUAUAUCUGUUGAUAAAUUCAUUUGUAAAGUGGCAAAAGUUACUGAAAGAAGGCUUCAAUCUUAUUUAGCAGAAUGCAAUGAAAAUAGGAGCCUCUUGUUAAACAAUUUUUCUGAGUUGUGCUCAAAAGAACUUCACGAUUGGCAUUUUGCAUCUCAGAUAAAAGAUGAACAACUUAAGAAAACUUUAAAACAACUAGAAUCGAUUGUGAGCGAGCAUAUGCAUAAUGAAAAAAUACAUAUAAAGCAUUUGAGCCAGUUUCAUAACAAGUAUAUUGAAGAGCAACGCAAUAUUAUCAAAGUUAAUGAACAUAAAAAGUUAAAUAUGCUUACUCAGUUACGUGAAGAAAUUCGUUCAAUAAAAUUACAAAUGUCUAAUUCUGUUAGAGAAACUCAAAUAACAAGUUUUCGUCGCUCAUUAGAGAUGAUGCUUAAUAACGUUUAAAUUUAAUGGUUCAUUAACUUGUCUAACACCGAUGUAUUUCGGCUAAGCAAACGUUGACCAUCCGAAGCAAACGCUUCUUGGCUGACUGAAGCAAAACAUUUUAGUAAAUUAUCAUUUUACAAUUUUUUUGUCAACGUUAUAAAUUAAUGUUUUUUUUUUUUUUAGUUCUUUUUGAAAAGUUAAUAUCUGCUUUUUAUUGUGUUUUUGCUCUUAUAAAGUUGAAUUUUUCGGGGUUUUUUUACAAGCUAUUUAUAAUUUACCAAGUUGGAGACUCCUAUUGUUGAAAUUUGUUCAUUAUAUUUUUCUUGUUUUAUUGUUAUUGUAAAUUAUACUAUGUAAUCGGUUAUGUACAGUUUUUUAAAUUAAAAUAAUGUGCUUAAGCGUUUGAUCAGUGGAGAUUUGAA